UGUCACUAACAGAAAAAUUACAACCGUUGAUGGCGACUUUGUUGACAUCCGAGCAUCAACUGAAGCUGAACUGAAGCUUUCCUAGCUGAAUCAUUCAUUUAAAUGGCGUCAGGCUACCGCAAAUCAGCUACCUCCGCUAGCCAAAGGAAAAAAGCAGCUCCCAAAACCGAACUGACUGAAGAGCAAAAGCAAGAAAUUAAGGAAGCUUUUGACCUAUUUGACACAGAUGGCACUGGCACAAUAGACGUGAAGGAGCUUAAGGUUGCUAUGCGAGCUCUCGGGUUUGAACCAAAGAAAGAAGAAAUCAAGAAGAUGAUUGCAGACAUUGAUAAAGAGGGUUCAGGAACAAUUGACUUCAGCGACUUUCUCAGUAUGAUGACACUAAAGAUGAGUGAGAAGGACUCCAAAGAAGAAAUAUUGAAGGCUUUCCGGCUGUUCGAUGAUGAUUGCACGGGGAAGAUCUCAUUCAAAAAUCUUAAGAGAGUUGCCAAGGAGCUGGGCGAAACCCUCACAGAUGAAGAAUUACAGGAAAUGAUUGACGAGGCAGACCGAGACGGAGACGGCGAGGUCAACGAGCAGGAGUUCUUGCGGAUAAUGAGGAAGACCAACCUUUACUGAACUUGAGUGUUACAGUCUUGUUCCUGGGACCUUUUCAUAGAUUCACUGUAGGUUUUGUCAAGAACAGUUUAUACAUUAGCAUUAAGGAACUUAGAUUUGUUUGGUUUGUAAAUACAUAUUUUAACAUACUGUAUCUUUAUACAGAUUUUUCUACAAUGCAAGAUAAAUAAAUAUAUUUCAUCAUA